AGGCUUUGCGCGAGGCGUCGCGGGCGCAUAGAUUGUGCGUCACCGUAGCGGACCCAGGUGGUCUGGCUGGGAAUUCAUGUGGAGGUCAGCGCUGCUGCCGCCCGAGGAGGUGUGACACGGAAGCAGGCUUGAAGCUGACCUGAUGGCUGCCAAGAUCUUUGAGACUGUUGGUAAACUUGGCCUUGGCCUGGCACUUGCUGGUGGGGUUGUCAACUCUGCUCUUUAUAAUGUGGAUGCAGGCCAUAGGGCUGUCAUCUUUGACAGAUUCCGAGGUGUUCAGGACAUAGUGGUGGGAGAAGGUACCCAUUUUCUCAUCCCUUGGGUCCAGAAGCCAAUCAUAUUCGACUGCCGCUCUCGACCACGUAAUGUUCCUGUAAUCACUGGGAGUAAAGAUUUACAGAAUGUGAACAUCACAUUGCGAAUCUUGUUCAGGCCAGUGACUCUUCAGCUUCCCCGAAUUUUUACCACUAUUGGCGAGGACUAUGAUGAGCGAGUGUUGCCUUCUAUUACAACAGAGAUCCUGAAAUCUGUAGUGGCUCGUUUUGAUGCUGGUGAGUUAAUCACCCAGAGAGAGCUAGUUUCACGUCAAGUAAGUGAAGACCUUACAGAAAGAGCAGCAACGUUUGGACUCAUCCUGGAUGACGUUUCCUUGACACAUCUGACAUUCGGGAAAGAGUUCACAGAAGCAGUAGAAAUGAAGCAGGUAGCCCAGCAAGAGGCAGAAAGGGCCAGAUUCAUAGUGGAAAAGGCAGAGCAGCAGAAGAAAGCAGCUGUUAUCUCAGCUGAGGGGGAUUCAAAAGCAGCUGAGCUGAUUGCCACUUCUCUGGCUACUGCAGGCGAUGGCCUCAUUGAACUACGCAAACUUGAGGCAGCUGAAGACAUUGCGUAUCAGCUCUCGAGGUCCCGCAACAUCACCUAUCUACCCUCAGGACAGUCAGUGUUGCUUCAGCUACCCCAAUGAGCAUCCUCUCUUUCGCCAGGCCUAUCUUUUUCUACAGUUCCCUUGAAAAUAAGAGAUUCUAGCCAAGAAUAAUCACUGAGGUUUCCCCAUUUGGGGUUAAACAUACAAGAAAUUGAAAUGGAUUGAAAUUCCUUAAUAAAGGCAAUCACGCUUCCUUUUCUUCCCCUAGAACAUUAUUUUUUGUUGAUCAAUAUGCAGACCAAAAGCUGUAAAAGACUAGGGAGUUGCAUGCUUUUGUUCUGGCUAAUUUAACCUAAAAAGAUCCUCUGGAUGAAACUUUAAUUUUUACAAGAUCGUACCAUAUUACUUCAUUUUAGACUAAUGAAGAUCCAUAUGGUCAGCAUUAACCCAGCUUUGUUUUGAAAAAAGAAAGAAGCAGUCCUUUUUUCAACCCUUUCUUUGCUGUAAAUCCAAUGCCAUGCAGAGGUUUAUCAGUAUGAGAAACUAUCUCCACCAAAUUUCCACCUCUGCAGUAAUGCAGAUGUUGAUCUGCAAUAGGACAUGAUGGUUUUUGAAGACAGAAUGUUUCUAUAUGGAGCUAAAACAUACGUAAAUCUCUGUAUUUCUGUCCUCCUCUGUGACUAUCUAUAGCUGAGGUUACCUGUCCUCAAACAGAGAAAAGACUGCUCUUUUAAACAGCAGGUCUCUAUUUCACAUUCUCAUCCCAAGAGGAGUAUGACAGGUUUCUUCCACUGAUCAGCUGGUGUUAACAGCAUUAACUAGUGGGAUCUUUCAGUUACAGUACUUCUGAAGAAGUUCACUUAGCAGUGGCACUGCAAGAUGAGAUUGUAUUAACCAACCUUUAACAAAUGAACAAAUAAAAUUGUCCCUUCUUA